UUCCAUUUCAUUUCAUUUAUCGUGUACACAGCGGCGAAGCAACAAUAACGAUUUCAAUGACGGGACGAAAGGCAAAGAGAAAAUCUUAAAAAAAAUAUGGGUAAUAAUAAAUUAAAUUAAUUUGAAUGAAGUGAAAACCCUAUAUUUCGAGUUGAAAGUAUCGAAGUAAAAACACUCAUAAUUUUAAUAAUCACAUCAGCAUUAUUCCGCUGUUGGGACAUGUGUGAAUUGGCUGAACAAAAUACAGUGAAACGGAUGAAAAGGAAAAUGUAGAAAAUUUUCACAGAGGAGUGGCAACAUGAAAUGCUGGAGAAGUAAAAAUGAUAGUGUUAUAAAAUUUUCCAGCAUGGAAUUGUUCGUGUAAAUGAUAUUUAAUAAAUUAGUAUCACAAAUGCAGUGCUUAUUGUUAUGAACGUUGGUUAUAGUUUAUCAUAUUAGUAUAAAUUGAUCAUAAUAAAGGGAGUGGUAACCGAAGCGUUAAUUAUUUCUAUAAAAAAAGUUUACAAAGAAGAAAUACGAAACGAACAAUUUUAUUCAAAGUGAAAGCGAACGAAAAAGGGAAAUCUGCGAAAAUUGUUAUAAAAAACAAGAUUUGAACGUGUGGUACGUGGAACGUGCAGCUGUUUAAAAGUGGAAGAAAAGUAUAGAGGAAAAUAGGAAGGUGUUAUUACGGCGGGCAGGGUGGCAUAACAGCUGCCGAAGCGUUUAAUUAAUAUAAAAAAAAUUGAUGUUUGCAGUUGCAAUAUUCUCAACUAUUUACUUUGAUAGAUAAGUAAAAAAAUACAGUUUCUCGUACAAAUCGCAGUACUUCUGCGAAAAUCAACUCAAAGCAUUUAUAAAUAUCAAAAAUAAAAAUGUCCAGCUGGGCGCGACGUGCAGCAGAUAUUAGCAGUGUUGUCACUUCAUGCGGCCAUCCCGGCACUUCGGCGCCAGACUAUAUAUAUCGGCUGGAGAAAGUGAAAUUUGGUGUACCACUUGAGGAGGUUUGCAAAAACAACGACAACAUUCCUGGACCACUACUGGUUCUUAUACUUAAACUUAAUAAGGAAUCGCCAAAUAGGCGAGAUGUCUUUCGCGCCCCUGGACAUCAGGGUGCUAUGAAAAAACUUAUACACUUCCUUCAAUCAGGGCGUUUAGUGAAUGUAGACAAUUAUUCUGUUUAUACAAUUGCCAGUGUGCUAAAAAAAUUUUUACGAAAAAUACCAAAUGGAAUUUUCGGGCGCUCCGGGGAGAAAGAGUUGUUUGACAUUAUUGAGCUGGAGAAUGAAUCGGAACAGACGGAACGUUUGCAUAGAUUAUUCACAUCACUGCCGAAAUACACUCAACGUUUACUAGUUUUACUAUUUGGUACAUUCCGUGUUAUCGCCAGCAAUGCAACACAAGCAAGUACUGGCAUGACCAGUGAGGCUCUUGGCGUUUCAGUAGCACCAAGUUUUUUUCAAUCAUGCGUUAGUGAUGGGAAAACAGCGCGCAUGGAAGAUGUGCUUAAAUUCAAGGUGGCCACAAAAAUUAUGAAGCAAAUAAUCGAUAAAUUUGCUACACAUGAUUUAUUUGGACGUGAAAAUUAUGAAUAUUAUGCACGAGUUACUGGACGCAUACUCAAGGUGCAAGAUGAAUGGAUUUGUAGUUUUCAAUAUCCACCACCACCACGUGGUAAAUUGGCUCAACAAAAAUAUGCACUGCAACACUCCCUGGAGGCAGAGAAGACCUGGUUGCAGUGUCAGUGUGAGCGGUGGGGUUUGCUCGCCCAGGAAGAAUCCCGCUCAACGCCUGCAUUGCUAACAAGUUCAAGCUCAGCUUUAGACAACAGUGUGCUUUCAUUAGGCGUAACACCAGAGCACUCUUUUAUUGAAUCAUGUGCACGCCUAUCUGUCUCUUUAGAAGGACCAAGUCUAUUUGCUUUGACAUCAUCACCGUUACCGAAACGAAACAUACAGGAUUUACAACGUGACACCGACAAUGAUGCUGACGUCGAUGAAGAAAAUUUCGGCGACGAAGAUGCUGAUGCUGAAAACGAUGACGAGGAAGAAGAUUUCGCCGCAGGACUCGAAUUAAAUAAUGACGAUGAUUACGAACAAAAUCCGAAACAUAGCUAUCCACAUACGCUUUCGCAUAACACCGAUCAUGUUAUAACCACAACAACAACAACUACUGGCAAUAAUGGUCACAAUGCAGCGCUGAACACCACAUACACCAUCGGUGUUGACAAUGUCGAUGGUGUGGACUCAAAUGAUGGUGAUGAUGCUGAUGAUGAAGUGACUGUAGUGAGACGGCGUUAUCGUCAAAAUAAAAAGAAAAUACUAACACAAACGAGAAUGCAACAUCAACGACGUUUGCGUGCCGGUUCCAAAAGCCUUGAUGGUGCUGAUCGCAUAACACAGACGAUUAGCGAUGGGAUUGAAAAUCGAAAUAAAUUGAAAAGUAACAAAAUAAAAAGUAACACUGCGACGGCACAAAUGUCAGUCGGCAGUGGCAGCGGCAGCGGCGGUGGUGGUGGUGUUGGCGGUGGUGGUGCAACACGCACCUGUAGCCGUUGUAAUCGAGGUAUACGUCACUCGUCCUCCUGUUCCUCAGCAUCGGGCGGUGCAGCUGGCGGCGUGGGAAAUGGCAGUGGCAUGACUAUGGAAGAAUUGCGCGCUGUCAAUCGCUAUGCCGAAAGUACAAAGAGUCUCUCCUACUUGCCACAGGUCCAUGAGCGCCAAACAGCACGCAUGCGCACACGUUCCGAAUGGUUUUUGGGUCCUAGGGAUAGUGAAUUGGCAUUGAAUUUGCCCAAUACAUGCAGCAAUUGUUGUCUCGCUGCCGUUCAAAAGCAGCAGCAGAUGCAGCAACAACAACAACACCAGCACCAGCACUUUCAAACACAUGGUUAUCUGGGAGGUGGCAGCACACGCGAUAUGCGUGUACAUCGUGAUGAUGUGGAAUACGACAAUGAUGACGAUGAGAAUAGUUUGAUGGUUGGCAGCGGUGGCGGCCGCAGUGGUAAUGCGCUCUAUUUGUACUAUAAAAAACGUUUGCAGCAACAAAAACAAAAACAACAGCAACAACAACAACAACAACAAAGGACGAAUAUAAAUCGUCAACUGGAAUUACAGGCAGAACAUAUGGAUACAGAUGAUAGUUGCAAUGUUUAUGACAAUCGUGGUCUAACAACAACAACACAUCAACGUAAACACCAACAUGAACAACAGCACCAUCAAGGGGAGCAACAACAGCAGCAAUUGAAGCAUUUGCAAGUUGAUAUGCCAAAUCUUUAUAGAGGUGCACAAUCAACGGAACGACAUUUGAUGGCGCCUACAUCGGCAACACCCAACAAUGGCUGUGGUCGUCGUAUGUACUUGGAUGCGAAUACAACAGCAACAAAUAUCGGUAGCUAUGUUACCUCAAAUAAAUCUGCUAGUAAUAACAAUUAUAUGUAUGAUUCUAAUGGUACAAAAAAAGCAUCUGCUUACACAACAACAAAUUCUCUUACAACAACAACAGCUACUACUACUACUUCUACUACUAAUUCUUUUACUUCACAAACAGCUUUAUUUUCUACUACUCCUACCAAACUAUCCGUUGAUAUUAGUCACAAGUACAACUACAAUUCUAAUAACAAUAAUAAUAACAAUAGUAAUUAUAUAGAGAAUGCAAUUUAUAACAAUAACAAUAUUGAGAACAAUAAUACUAACCAAACAUUGUUAGCAAAUGUACGCCAACAUAUCAACAAAUUUUCUAACACUAAAUAUUCACAUUCAGCGACAAAACCACUGUCGACACGUUAUGAACCACACCAACGCAAUCAUCAUCAUCAUCAUAAUCAUCACAACCAAGAUCUUCAUCAAUAUUCCAACCGUUCACAAAACAGAAACAUUGAUUCGCCACCAUAUUUGCAUACACACUCACAAUCACCGCCGAGCUAUCAGCGUCAAUAUCAGGAGUCGCGACGUAGUUCCAAUUUGCCCAGUCACUAUCAUUCGACCGAUUCCGUGCGUUAUUGUGAUGUAGAUCUAGAAGUGGAUAUCGUAACUGAGCCACCGAUGCCAACAGCAGCACGUCUGUACUACAGUCCACGCAAGCAAAUAUUCGCAACCAGACGUUGUAGUUCCACACACGAACUCUAUAAGACUGACGGUCAUGAUGUCGAGAGCAACAGUAGUGAUGUCGAUCUGAAUUAUCUAACAUAUUCGCUGCCCAGCGAACGUAAUACAACCGAUUUCGAUACCGUUGCAACCGCGUUGGGCAAUCGUGCGGAGUCUUGUGAAAUAUAUUCUGCUGAUUCGUCUGAAUUCUUGCCAGCAACUAGUAUCUUGGAUAAUUCCAUAGCUACAAUUGCGACAGCGAGCACAAUAAAUGGUGCUAGUGGUCGUGGCAUACAUGGCCUGCCACUUGCUGCGGCUGAAGAAGUUGACUAUGUACACACGUCCCGUUACAGACAGAGUACACCACGUGUACAACGUCGACAGCAUCAGCUGCGUCGACGGCAACGUUUGUCCUCCACAUCGACACAGUAUCACUCGGUGAACUCGACCGUUGUUAGCGACGCCUUAACGACUACGUCGGACGGUGGUAACGGCAGUGACAGUGGCAAUGACAGAAGUACGCGUACUGAAAGCGGCAAUAACAAUUUCGUUACAAUCAUUUUCAAUGUUUUAGAUUUUUUAUUUUAAACUUAAAUGUUAGCUUAUUUGAAUUUGAUUAAUUUUUUAUAUAUAUUUUUGGCUUGUUAGCGCUUAUGUUUUCUUAUACAUACAUACAUACGUGUACAUACAUGAAUGUGUUUAAUUAACAUGCAAUUUGUCAUAUAACGCUAAAUAUACAUAAAUAAUAAUUCAUUUGUUGUGGUUAUAUUUACGGCAUACCAUCGUUAUAAGUUUAUAAUUAAUAAAAAUGAUACAUAUGUAUAUACAUUUUUAUGUAUAUACAUACAUCUACAUACAUACAUGUGUUAAUGUCAAUGUUUAGUUUGUCAAUUUGUUAUUUUUAACUUAUAUAAUAAAUUCAUUUUAAGCGCAGUUAAGUAACUUAAAUCCAAGAAAUAUUUACAAAAAUACAUUACUAAAUUUGUUGUGACAUUUUUCUGAAAA